AUGACUCGUAGACUAGUAUUUACGCUGUGGAGAUUCCCCCCGUACAUCAAUAUUUGUCUAGAACCAGCUUUGCAGCUUCAGCAACUCGAUUGUACAUGUCUACAGCGUCUCUCCUACUUGCUCUCGACCAGAGUAGCAGGUAUCCAAUCCAGCCUACACCCCCUCGUGGCGAAACAGUCGUCCCGGCGUGAGAAUACAGCUCUGCGCGACAAACGUGUUUCUCAAUGUCCGGGUGGAGUUGGUAGAUUUCGUCAAAGAAGCUCUCUGGCACAUACACAUUCGCCCGAUGAAUGGGAAUCAUGCAAUGCGCAGUCCAGUACUGGGCUCCACCACCGCCUCCUGAAUUUCCCGUUGGGAAAGAAAAUGGCUUUGACAAUCAACACCGUAUGUAAAGAGUGUGGCCCAAGUUCCACCUGCGCCAGGCGGUCGGGCAUUGACUUCAAUGAGAAAGCAAUCAGGUUGACCACCAGGUCCGUCCGUGACGGUGAGGUCUAAGAUUCCGUCGCCAUUACUGUCACUGUAUUGCAUGACUGAGUUCUUCAUGCGAGCUUCCACGUGAAAAAUUCCAGACCGAAAGCCCAACUGAAGUAGCUGGCUAUGCAACGUUGAUUUAAUUAUCUCCUGUUCGUUGAGAGGAAGCGCGCUGUGUGAGAUGAGAACCGUUUCGGCAAAAUUGUCGGAGAGAUCGGCCGUGUUGCUGUCUGCCGAACACGGGAAAUUAUCGCAAACCUCCGUGAAGAGAACUUCGCCAUCCCACAAGGCGAAGUUAGCAUCGAGUUCGGGUCCAUCAAUGUACGGCUCCAGGAGUAUACCAGUAUCUACCAAACCUUCUUCGUCGAGUGUACGAAUCACUUCGCGCAGGCAUUUCUCAUCAUUCACUUUCUGAACGCCCCUGGAAUCUCCACCUCGUGUAGGCUUGACGAUCAAGGGGUAUUCCAUUAAAGCGACCUUCUCGGGCAUGGUAUCCAUUUCUUUUGCGUUGUUUAGAUAUGCAGUGGAAAUGUUGCUCGUGAUCAUCUCGCGCACUUUGUGCUUGAAAUGGCAGUCAUACAUGGAUCGUCCUGAUUCAGUCGGCAGUUGAAGCAAUUCCGCCGCUCUUGCGGUAGCAAUGACAUAGUCGUCUAUGAAGGUUACAAUGCCAUCGAGGGGUUUGCCUUGCAAUGCUAUUGCCAUCGUUUGCGGUAACUCGGGAUCUGACAUAUCCACGGCUAUGAACUCUUGCCGGAGGUGUGCAAAGUCCGGGCCUUCCAGCCAGUGGCCCGGAUGGUCAAGCACAAUUAUAGAGACUCCGAGCGAUCUAGCAGCCUCGAAAUAUCCCUGUGACCAAUAUAUCCCUCUCUUGCGCUCGCGCAUAGGCCGGGCACCCACCACCGCGACGGUGCGAGCAGAGGGCUUAGUUGGAAGUAUCCAAUCGAAGUCCAGUCGACACUCCAGAUCUUCCUGCAAUAGUCUCAAACUGGUUUGACAUCCAUUUCCCGACGGUUUUGCGACUAUUGCUCCAGGCGAGGAGCGUAUCAAGUCAAGUAGUGCGGUGUCGGUACUAAGUGACGGUCGUGGAAGAUACUGGUCCCAGGUUGCAAGAGGAAUUACCGCCUCAACCAAGUGCGAAUGCUGUACUCUCAACUUGAGGAUGUUGCCCAUGCAAACGUAUCCCCCAUCAGGUGCAAGAAUGAUCUUCAAUGUCGCCUCAGUUAGACCAUCAAGUUUCGCAAUAUGGCCGAGUACGACAUCGAUGGCAGUACCUGUCGCAUCUGUGCAUGCAACCCUAUCCGAGGGAACUGAGGCUUGUUCCACAGGCGAAAGGCUCAACAUGACAAGUCGCCAGCGACAAUGGAGAAUCCGCUCUCCCACCUGGAAAGUUUCCAGUUUCAAGGCAUUUUCUGGUUUUUUGCCUGGUUCCUUUGGGGAUGUUGUGCCGUUCGAUUCGAAGAGCAUUGUGCUCACGAUUUGCAGAACUUGAUUUCCCUCCAAUAUUCGAAUGUUGCGGUUGAAGUGUACACCUUGACAAGGAUCAAGUCUGGCAAUUGUAUUUU